AGCCAGUUCCAGCAGCCUUAUCAGCAGUCCCACUGAGGAGGAGGUUCCAGUUGAGCAGCCAUGAAUGACUCUUUCAACAACACUGUGGAUGAUUAUGAUUAUGAUGAUAUUAAUAAUCUCACUGAAGAUGAAAUCUGUGAAAAGGGCGAAAUGGUCAAAUUUGGAUCCAUCGUCGUCCCACUCUUCUUUUCCAUUGUGAUCACACUGAGCCUGACGGGAAACAUCCUCGUCCUCGUGAUCCUGGGGUUGUAUGAAAACCUCAAAUCUCUAACCAACAUUUUCAUCCUCAACCUGGCCAUCUCGGACAUCGUCUUCACCACCGGGCUCCCCUUCUGGGCCUUUUACCACAUCUGGGGAUGGUUGCUUCCGGAGGCAUUCUGCAAAAUUGUAACUUUUGUGUUUUUUACCGGGUUCUACAGCAGCAUCCUCUUCCUCACCAUCAUGACCAUCCACAGGUACGUGGCCGUGGUCCACCCUCUGUCUGACCUGCGCACACAGAAACGCAGCACCGGGGUUUUUGUGUCUUUCCUAAUGUGGACGAUCAGCAUUGGGGCAGCAAUGCCCUCCCUGCUCUACAGCUCCCUCUUCACUGUCCACCACAAGGAUAAACACUCCACUGGCUGUGGGUACAGUUCUAAACAGUGGAGAACCAUCAGCACCGCCCAACAGAAUGCCUUCUUCUUGUUGGCUUUUGUGGUGAUGGCUUUCUGCUACAUCAGAAUACUGAAGAGGAUCACAGGAGCAAAAUCUCACACCAAGAACCGAGCAGUCAAGCUGGUGUUCUGCAUCGUGGCUGUGUUCUUCGCAGGCUGGGUGCCGUACAAUGUGGUCAUCUUUCUGAAGGUUCUGGACGAGAGAUUGAUUCCACCGUUCAACGAGUGCGAAGCAAGUAUCAAGCUUGACUACGCGUUCCACGUGUGCCGGCUCAUUGCUUUCUCUCACUGCUGCCUGAACCCGGUCUUUUAUGCAUUUGUUGGCGUGAAGUUCAGGAGCCAUUUGAAGGUGAUGCUGCGUCAACUGUUCGGGGCCCAGUCGAGUCCAAGUCCAGUCGAGGAGCAGCAGGUCAGACUGCAAAACUUUGUCUCACAGGGAUCAAUGUACUAGCUGCUCGGUUCAACUGUAUUAUUUUCCUGCGUGUUCUGUAGCAUUGUGGAUUUAAAACGCAAGUCCAGCUUGCAUUUGUUACAGUCCAUUUAAAAAUGAAGCUAUUGCAAGCUGCGCUCGUUUUUACAACCUGACUUCUGCUGUUCAUUUCUAUGUGCUUGUGGUAAAUCUGUCAUAUCUCCUAGGUGAGAUGUAUGACGUGAAUUCUUUUAUUGAUUUAUAUACUGGAAGAAGAUCAUGUAAAUAUAGCCACAGUGGAAGCAAAGCACUUUUGUUUUUGGUGAAUUUUUCGUUGAUUUUCUCUUAUUUCUUUACUACUGCACUGAUGUCUUCUGCAAAUGUCAUACAAUGUUUUACUGUGUAGAGCAGCUACACGUUGCCUUACAUACAUUAGAAUGAUGCAGCUGACUUUUUAGCAAUACCUUUCUUGUAAUGUUGACCGAUCCUGUAUGCUGAUAUGUCUGCUUAAGAUUUCACCUUUUAAAUUCUUAGUUUUCUCAAUUAAAUUUGAUGGAGAAUCAUUUGAAACAUGUAAGAAAAUUUAAUCCAGUGGAAAAACUUGCAUUUUCUGUUGUGGAAUAAAAACAAAUACCACUGGC